AUGAAGUUCUCCUUGACCCUCGCGCUUACUGCUCUUCUCGGUCUUGCUGCUGCCUCGCCUCAGCGAGGUGGAAGUAAACAACAACAAAAGGCGGAUAAGCAGGCGCUCAGAGACCUUGCCGGCACGGAUGUUGACCCUAAUCUCGAAAACGGCACCAUCCUCCUUGACAACGGCCAGGGGCGAUGUGUAGCAGUUUCUGGAAAGGCGGUUUGCUCUGAUUCUUCAGGAGCUACCUUGUGA